UUAAUUUUUCUCUCUUUUGUACUAGCUAGCUGGUCUGUAUUUAAGAUGUUCCUGCUGCUAGUACUUUAAGAUUCCUAGGGGGAGAAGAUAGGUGGAUGUGGAGCAUGAAACAGAAAAAGAUGUGAAGUGAGAAUUUGGUACACACAACUCCAUCCAAUGGAAAGAGUAUCAAUCAGUAUAUCAUGGCAAAUAUUAGCAAACGAGAAUUCGACGUUCUUGAUUUGUCCGGUCAAAAAUAUCUGGAAUGGAAAGUUGAUGCUUUAGCACAUUUAAAGGCUAAUGGUCUUGAAGACACCAUUGAGGCUGAUAAUCAAUCAUCCUCCCAGGAUAAAGCGAAAGCUAUAAUUUUUCUCCGUCAUCAUCUCCAUGAAAGUCUCAAAUCUGAAUAUCUUUUGGUUGAUAACCCAAAAGAAUUAUGGGACAAUUUACAGGAGAGAUAUGGCCACCAACAAAAGGUACUUUUACCAAAAGCUCAGUAUGACUGGAUCAAUCUAAGAUUCCAGGACUUUAAAUCUAUCAGUGACUAUAAUUCUGCUAUGUUCCAAAUAACAUCUAAACUAAAGUUAUGUGGACAAAAAGUCACUGAUGCUGAUAUGUUGGAGAAAACCUUUUCUACAAUGCAUAUUUCUAAUAUGCUGCUACAGCAGCAAUAUAGAGAAAAAGGUUUUAAAAAAUACUCCGAUUUAAUAUCAGUAUUAUUGGUCGCUGAGCAAAAUAAUGACCUUUUGAUGAAAAAUCAUAAUCUGAGACCCACUGGUUCUAGUCCUUCGGUUUAUGGUCCAUCUGGCCAUAAUUUAGCCACUGAAUCAAAUGCAACAUACAGUGGUAGUAGAAGGCAUUUUAAACGUGGGCAUUUUAAUGGUCAUAAAAACAAGUUACACCGAGAAUUCAAACAGAUCGAAAGACCAAAUUAUAAGGGCAAGGGCAAACAAAAGGCCCAUCAAAUAAAUCGCCCUAUAAAAUCCUCGGUGAAGACGACUUGUUACAAGUGUGGCAUGACAGGGCACUGGGCUAACAAAUGUCGUACUGCAAAGCAUCUGGUGGAAUUAUUUCAAGCUUCCAUGAAUUUGAACAAAGGCAAAAAUAUGGAAGUUAAUUAUGUCAAUGACACAACUCCACCUCUGCCAAAAUUUGACGUGUCUGACUUUUUCGCGGAUGAUGCCAUUAUGGACGAUGCUUUUGCCAUAAACCAAAAUGUUACUAAAUAAAAUAGUUGACUCCUGAUGUUCUACAAUGUACUUUUUCUUUCUUCCCC